AUGGGUUCCGAUCCUCAGUACGCCAAAUGGCCCCUUCUUCCCCUCAGCCAGCAUGUCUUCACCCUCACAAACCCCUACGCCUCGCGGUCGAGCCAAGAAUCCGCCGUCAAAGCUCUCCAAGAUGCCAUCGACGAGCACAAGAUGGCGCCCUUCUACCGAUACCUAGCGCACCCCGUCGAGGGCAUCCUGAACUCUGUCGGCGAGGGCAAGACUCCCGGCGGUCCGGGAAAACCCUUGAGUCGGAAGUCGAGCUUGGUCGGCAUCAUUGCGACGAAGAGCCCCGUUACUACGGUUACGCUGCCUUGGGAUGAGGCGCUCUACGAGAAGCUAAAGGCCGAUAAUGAUAAGGAGCUCGAGGGGUUCCAGAAGGAGGAGGAUGAGGCCGUUGAGAAUGCUGGUGACACAGAAAUCUUGGCUGCUCGAGGAAAGAGGGCCGAUUUCUGGGCUCGCGUGGGUGACAAGGACCGAGCCAUCAGCGCAUACGAAGAUGUGUUCGAGAAGACUGGAGUUAUCGGUUCCAGGAUCGAUAUUGUCCUCGCGAUAAUAAGAAUGGGCCUCUUCUACGGCGAUAAACCCCUCGUCCAGAAGCACGUUGAGCGAGCGAAGACUCUCGUCGAAACCGGCGGUGACUGGGACCGAAGGAAUCGCCUCAAGGCCUACGAAGGCCUUCAUCUCCUCACCGUCCGAUCAUACAACCUUGCCGCGCCUCUGCUGCUCGACAGUCUAUCGACCUUCACCAGCUACGAGCUCUGCACGUACUCCUCCCUCGUCGUAUACUCUGUCCUGACCGGUUCUGUUUCGCUCAAGAGGCUCGAUUUCAAGUCCAAGGUUGUUGAUGCUCCCGAAAUCAAGGCCAUUCUCGGCGAUGGCGAGGACAAGCUUCUAGCCCUCACCGGCGUCAUCUCCGCUGGGCCUAGCGCCGACGAUUCCAUGGACGUGGAGCAGGAACCCCAAGCUGCGACUGCGACUAAGACCACUGCCGUCAACCUCACGACGCUGGGCACUGGCACCGACCAGCCCGAGGCUGAGCUCGCUAUUGACUUCUCGCCCCUCUCCCAGCUCGUCACUAGUCUCUAUAAUGGUCGAUACAAGGCCUUCUUCCAGGCUCUUGCCCAGGUUGAAGAGCAGUUCCUCACCCAGGACCGAUACCUGCACGAGCACAAGAACUGGUUCAUCCGUGAGAUGCGCCUACGUGCCUAUCAGCAACUUCUCCAGAGCUACCGCGUCGUCGGUCUCGAGAGCAUGGCCAACGACUUUGGUGUCACCGUCGACUUCCUUGACAGGGAUCUCGCCAAGUUCAUCGCCGCCGGCCGUAUCCCCUGCACCAUCGAUCGCGUCUCCGGAAAGGGCGGCAUAAUCGAGACCAACCGGCCCGACGACAAGAACAAGCAGUACCAGGACCUCGUGCGCCAAGGUGACCAGCUCAUCACGAAGUUGCAGAAGUACGGCCAGGCUGUCCGACUACGAGGAAGCGAGAGGGCGUAA